CAAAAUAUAGAGAGGGUUCUUCCGUCUCUUGGUGAYAGCGGCGGGUGUAGACAUAUCAAUUGACGCUGUUAACGGGCGAAAGCCCUUCGGUUUACGUGGUGUCGAGAGGUUUUCCCGUAGAAAAUCAAAUGAAAUACACGGCUAUAUAGAAGACUUAGACUUUAGUGUUGAACACUAAUCGAGCACUAGCUAAAUACUGAAACCGCGGUACGAAGGAAUAUCAGGUCGUCAGUUUUCCUGCCUUCCUUGUCAGGCUGAGCAAAGCAAACGCUGGAAAAGACAGAUGUGCCGUAGUUUCCGUGUAUGUAGACAAACUACUACGUCAUUCCAGUCAUUUAUUCUGCCCACAGUAGAUUUCUCUCGACUACAUUGAUCAAUGGUCUUUUCUCAUUGCCGAAAUAUUUACGAUUAGUUUGUUUGGUUUGAGUGUUCGUGGAUGACGACGGUUGUGCAAGAGUUUAUAUCUCACCACUUUCAGUGGCAUUUGUCCAACCUCUCGACCAUGGUAUGUUUUCCUGCGCUGAUUGGAAUUGCUAUGAUCUAUUUGGUGGCACUCGUACUUCGUUUUCUGCACAACAAGCAAACAUUUGCCAGUCAGUUGUACUACAAGAAGUCGAGAUUAGGAGUUUUGCUCGUCAAGAAAUGCAAGAUGCUAGGAGAAUCUUUUACGCCGACAUUUUGGGCAGGCAACGCACAUCUUCAAACAUUGCUGCCUUGGAUUCUUCCUCAAAGCGAAAUUGAAUUCAGUCGGGAAUAUCUUCAAAUGGCGGAUAAGGGUAUCAUAGCACUAGACUGGGCAGUAGUGAACGAUAGAGUUUUAGAUAAAUCUAGUCCUAUUAUGAUAAUCAUACCAGCUCUAACACAACACACUCCUGACAUGUCGUCUCUAUGUUCCAGCGCGUUGGUGCAAAAAUUCCGUCCAGUCGUGUUUAAUCGCCGAGGUCAUGGCCAGACCCCUCUAACAACGCGUCGCUUACAGACAUUUGCCGAGGGUGGUGACUUGGAAGAAACGAUCGUAUUUAUCAAUCGCAUGUACCCGAAUGCUGACAUAUUUGCUGUUGGACUAUCAUCUGGUUCUGGGCUUCUGAUUUCCUACUUGGGAGAAUUAGGCGCUAAUUCUGGAAUUACCGCAGCUGUGUGCAUCUCGCCUUGUUACGACGCUGAGGGCUAUUUCAAAGGGAAAAUAUGCCAGCCUUAUAAUUGGCUGUUGACUUGGAAGUUGAAGGAGUUAUUAAGACAGCAUCCAUCUCUGAGAGAGUGUAUAAAUUAUGAGUAUGCAAUGCAAAGUGAGACGGUCAAAGACUUCGAGGAGCGAGUGUUCAUCAAGCUUAAUCCUCAGUACUAUUCCAAUGAGGAAUAUUGUCGUUUGAAUAACCCUAUGAGGAAUAUUGCUAACGUCAGUAUUCCUGUACUUUGCGUCAGCGCGCUAGACGACCCUAUUUGUCCAAAAGAAAUCAUUCCUUUAAGCCUUUUCAAAACAUCUUCGAAUUUUUUUCUCCUGGCCACCGACAAGGGGGGUCACUGUGGCUUUCUUGAGAAUACAUGGCCAGCUUCCUGGGCAAAUAAAUUGGCCUGUGACUAUCUAGCUACUGUUCGUAACAUUGAAAUGCCUAAGGCUUCAGAUGAUCGUCAUUUUAGCGCGUUGGAAAAAAUGGGCCCACGAAGUAGGAGCUAUACGACUUAAACGUCAUUGGACGUCACUUUGGAAUGCGUUCUUAUUAUAUGUUAUCUGCGACUAGAUGAUGACGAUUAAGUAGAAAGAGAAAAAAGACUAAUUGCUUAUUAAGGAAGGUAGUUCCCUGCUAGCAGAGCCUAUUUUCCUUUUGUUUUGGUGGAGUGAGAAAAAUAGACUCUGCCGAUGUAGGACGUUAUUUCGGUCGCGCAUGCGUGACGUAACUUAGCAACGCUGUCAUGAUUUUGACAGCUGCUCUCGUCAAACAACGUUUGGCGGUGUGUUACAUUUGCUCAUGCGCACUACAUGUAAUCGGCUAAAAACUGGUUUUGUUCGUCCACAAUCGUGGACGGCGGUAUAUCAAAGGAAACGCUCUACAUCGGCAGUCUCCUUCCUCCGCGCCUGAAAGAAGGGAGAGAAAGAGAAGAGAGGUAGAAGUGUUAGUAAACAAUUCCUUGCGCAACUGAGGAACAACUUAUCGAAAAUUAAAAUUAUUUUCACAUUUUUUCUUCUA